UCUUGAAGUACAUUCCUGUUACAGUAGUAAUUCAUUCUCUGACUUCUCACAGCCAUGUCACAGCCUUCUACCAUGACCAGAUCAACGCUCACACUUCUUGAAGCCCUGGAUGAAUUAGUGGAAGAAGAGGUGGAGAGAUUUGUGUUUUUUCUUACUCAUAGCCCACCAGAGGGUUUCCAAACUAUUCCCAGGGGAAAACUGCACCAAAAAUCAAAAGUAAAAGUGGCUGACGAAAUGAUCGAACGAUAUGGGGAGCAACAUGCUCUUCUAGCCACUAUAUACAUUUUGAAAGGCAUGAAUAAAAAUUAUCUCGCAAGUGAAUUAGAAAAGAAAAUGCAACAAAAACGGACAAAGCCUGAUCCAAAUUCUGUGCCUUUAAAGAAGCAGAAACUGCCCAAUGCCCCAAGCCAGAUGUAUCAAACAGCCAAAGUAGAAAACGCAUCAGACAAAGGGCAAGAUCCUCAGAGUGUCAUGACAAAACAUAAACAGUGGCUGAAGGCUAAAAAUCAUUUCAUAGUUGAAGAGACAGCUAGAGAAAAGAACAAGAUUCCACUUAAUGACAUAUACACAGAUCUCAUUAUUACAAAAGGAGAGAGUGAAGCUCGUAAUAGUGAGCGUAUAAUGAGCAUUUUGAUGACUGAGAAUUCACAAUUUUCAUACGAGACCAGAAUCAACUGCAAUGACAUCUUCGGUCAGAAUGAGGAAGAAAUCAAAACUGUUCUUACAAAGGGUGUUGCCGGCAUUGGAAAAACAGUCUCUGUGCAGAAAUUCAUCCUUGACUGGGCUGAGAAUAAAGCCAAUCAAGAUGUGAUGUUUCUGUUUGUACUUCCAUUUCGUCAGCUGAACCUGAUUAAACAUGAAUGUCAUAGUCUUCAUUCACUUUUGGUUCAAUUACAUCCCCAACUUAAAGGCUGUGAGUCAGACAUGUACGACGACAAGAAAAUUUUAUUCAUAUUUGAUGGCCUUGAGGAGAGUAGAAUUCAAAUGAGCUUUAGAAAAACUUCAACCAUCAGUAACGUUCACACCAUGGCCACAGUGGAAGCCUUAAUUAUAAACCUUAUCCGUGGAGAGCUACUCCCAUCUGCCCUUAUAUGGAUAACUUCUCGACCAGCAGCAGCCAAUCAGAUACCCUCCCAGUACAUUGACCGUGUGACAGAAAUUCAGGGAUUCAGUGACUCCCAAAAGGAGCAGUACUUUAGGAAGAGAGUGACCGAUAAUGACAAAGCCAGCAGAAUCAUCUCACACAUUAGGAGAGCAAGGAGUCUUCACAUUAUGUGCCACAUUCCAGUCUUUUGUUGGAUUUCAGUUACUGCUCUUCAGCCUUGGCUUACCAACAAGUGCAAAGGAGAAAUCCCCACAACCCUGACUGAAAUGUACUCUCACUUUUUACUCAUUCAGAUAAACAGGAAGAAUGAAAAGUUUGACGAGAGACAUGAAAUAGACUCAAAGUCACUGCUGGAGUCCAACAAGAACAUGAUCCUGAAACUUGCUGAGUUGGCUUUCAAACAACUGCUAAAUGGCAAUAUCCUCUUCUAUGAAACAGACCUGAAAGAGUGUGGAAUCAAUGUCCAAGAAUCCUUUUUAUACUCUGGGGUUUGCACUGAAAUCUUUAAAAUGGAAUCUGAGUUUUAUUGUACAAAAGUCUACUGCUUUGUGCACUUGAGCUUCCAAGAAUUUUUUGCCGCUCUCUAUGUGUUCUAUUGUUAUCUAUGCAAGAACAUGGUGGAAGUAAAGAUGUUUCUACCAAAGACCAAGGCUGUGACUUCAGAAAUACCACUGGAUGUGCUAAUGAAACAUGCAGUGGAUGAAGCCUUGAAGAGCGACAAUGGACAUCUUGAUCUUUUCCUCCGUUUUCUUCACGGCAUGUCAUUGGAAUCCAACCAGAGACUCCUGCAAGGUCUACUGCCCCAUGGAAGUAAGUCAUUGGAAUCCAACCAGAGACUCCUGCAAGGUCUACUGCCCCAUAUCAAGAGCAGCUCCGAGAGCGUCGAGAAAAUAAAACUAAACCUGAAACGUGGACAAAAAAGGAACAUCAACCCUGAGCGCUGGCUCAAUCUCUCACACUGCUUAAUAGAAAUGAAGGAUGACACUCUUCAGCAAGAAAUUCAGACUUACCUCAAGUCCAAAAAGAAGUCCAAAAAGCUCACUCUUGCACAGUGUUCGGCAAUGGCUAACAUGUUUCAAGUUUCAGAGGAGGUGAUGGAUGAGUUGGAUCUGAAAAAAUACAACACAACAGAAGAGGGGCGUAGAAGACUAAUCCCAGCACUAAGGAACUGCAAAAAGGCCAUCCUGGCAGACUGUAACCUUACAGAGAAGUCCUGUGAAAACAUCGCAUCAGCUUUACAGUCAGCAAAGUCACCCCUGAGAGAGCUGGACCUGAGCAACAAUGACCUACAGGAUGCAGGACUGAAACUACUCUAUGAAGGACUGAAGAGUGUAACUUGUAAAUUAGAGAUACUAAGUCUCUCCAACUGUAAGCUGACCACAUUGUCAUGUGAAGAUGUUGCUUCAGCUCUACUUUCAAGAAAUUCAUCCCUGAGAAAACUGGACCUGAGCUACAAUGACCUGCAGAGGGGAAUAAAUCAGCUCUUCAAUGGACUAAACUGUAAACUGGACACAUUAAGGAUCUCAGAUUGUAAGCUCACUGCAGAAUCUUGUAAAUACAUUGCCAAAGCUUUAGCAAAGUCACCUUUGAGAGAGCUGGAUCUGAGUUGCAAUGACCUGCGAGAUACAGGAAUGAAGCUGCUCUCUGAUGGACUGAGGAGUUCAUACUGCAAUCUGAACAUACUGAACCUCUCAGACUGUAAACUCACUGAGCAGUCUUGUACAGAUAUCUCCUACGUUCUGCAAAAAGCAGACUCGUCCCUGAGAGAGCUGGAUCUAAGUGAUAAUGACCUGCUGGAUUCUGGUGUGAAAGUGCUGUCUGCUGGAUUAAUGAGUUCAGAAUGUGUUCUGAAAAUACUGAGAUUGUCUGGCUGUUGCCUCACAGCAAAGAGCUGCUCUUCACUCAUUUUAGCUCUGGAUUCAAACUCCACACACCUCACUGAGCUGGAUUUCAGCUACAAUCAUCUAGGACCAUCAGGAUUAAUGAAGAGGAAUUCAGUCUAUAAACUGAAGACCAUUACAGUUGACCACUGUGGAGAGUUGAGGAUAGCACCAGGACUCAAGAAAUAUGCCUGGAAGCUGACAGUGGAUCCCAACACAGCAAACACACGCCUCUCACUGACCGCCUCUAACACCAGGAUGUUGCUUUUGGCAGAAGAUCAGCCAUGUCAAGAUCACAGACAGAGAUUUCAGUACGCGACACAAGCGUUGUGUAAAGAAAGUCUGUCUGGACGUUGUUACUGGGAGGUUGAGUGGUAUGGGGGGGCUUCCAUCGCUGUGGCAUACAAAUCUAUCAGCAAGAAGGGACGCAGAAAUGACUGCGUGUUCGGACGUUCAAAAAAGUCCUGGAGCCUGGAGUUGUCCAAGGAUGAUAAGUAUUGCUUAGUAGUGCACAAUAACAAGAGCAUGGAUAGGCCAUAUCCUCAGAGUAACAGAGUAGGAGUGUAUGUAGACUGCCUAGCUGGAAUUCUGUCCUUUUACACCAUCUCCUCAGACACACGCACUCUGAUGCACAUACACACUUUCCGCACAACGUUUAUCGAACCACUUUUUGCAGGGUUUGGACUCAAGGAUGCCGAUGCUUCCAUCUCUCUCAUCCAUUCUCGAAACUAAAAAGCAAAAAGUGGCAUUUAAAGUGGCAUCUUUAAAAUGAACAAAGCUUAAUGUCACAGAGAUUUAUUUUUACGUGUUUAUUUUUUUUAAUUUAAGAUUUUUUUGUCUUUUAUUUAAUCUGACUGCAGGAGCUGGUCAGAGGAGUAAAUGAUGUGCAUUUCCGUACCAGAUGAAUGUUGGAGUGUCAGUCGGUGAUUCUAGGGACUGUGAGGGCCCCAGGCAGGAAAAUGCUAAUACAAUGAGCCAACUAUAGGGAUACUCUCUGAAAGUGUUAGUGUUAUAGUCUGCAUGCUAGAUGUAGUGCUAGAUCAGGCUUCUCAGUUAGAUAAACCAUCGUUACAUCACAUAGGCUACAACAGAACAUCUUUGAUAAUGUGUUGGCUUUUAUACUCUGUAUAUAUUUUUAAAGACCAAGCUAUCAAGACAAAAAUGAGCAAAAUGACGAAUUUUACCAACAAAGCUAGCUGUAUGAAUUGAAUACGAAUUUUACCAAGAAAGCUAGCUAGCUGAUAAUUAACAUACCGUUCUCCAAACUGAGCAGUACCUCCUACUUCUUGAUUGCCAAAAUAACAAUGGGCUAACAUUACUUUACGGCUUAGUCUACAGUUGUCAUCCUUAAUUAUUUUGUUAUUAGAUUAUCUUCAACACUUACCACAGCUCUGCUUUCAGACAGGACAUUCCUCUUCAUUCUGAGGCCUCUUGAGGGCUUCCUGGUGUAGCAUUAUACAUUACCCAUCAGUGGUUUCAUAUUUUCAUAGACUUAGUGUCAACCUUCAGGGGGCCUCUCAAAACUCAGGGCCACAAGCAAUUGCCUGCGUCAGGUGGUUUUUACAUGUAAGAGUGACUGCAUCUCCUUUAAUCAGUCUAUCAGGGAUGUCCACCUGAAACCCUGUGGAUGAGAGACAAGAGGGGAAAACAUACCAGGCUGAAGUUUCUCCUUUCCUUUCCUUUAUUAUGCGGCAGUUAUGUGAUCCUGCCUCUAGAUGAUACUAUUUACUUUUAUUAUUGUAUUAUUUACUUUAUAAUACAAAUUUACUGAACUGAACAAAUUUAAUGAACACUGUAAAGAUGUUUUUAAUAAAACAAAUUUAAAAAGUGAAA